CUGAUUCACGAAGUGAUGAGCAAACUCGUUUUGGGGGUUGCAUAUGAUUCAUGUGAAUGUUCCCACCCCAAACAUUCUCAGGACAGGAUGCAGGGCUUGUGAAAUUUAGACCUUUGUCCCCAGAAAGUGUGAUUGGGGUAGGGGGUCGAAGAGCACACCAGAAGCCACUAGAAGAUUCCCUGGCCUUUAGCACAGCAGGAGAUGACGACAGGUGAAGGGAGGUUCAGCAAAAAAUCUCCCGGAAGUUGAAUUUGGUAGCACUGUAUUACUUACAGCUGUCGAAUCAGGGGCUAGAAUUGGGCCAGCUCCACCUACUCUCCUACUUCCUCAGUUUUAUCUCUACCGCAUCACCGCUGGCUCGCCAGAAGUCCUCUCUCCACUGAGCAAGGAAGAAGGCAAGAAGCCGUUUUCUUACCUGCAAGAAACUGGUAAGCCGAUAUGGCCAGCCAUUCAACCUUAAAGAAGGGGCAGAAGCACCCCCAGGGCAACGUUUCGGGGUAUAUGGACACACCUAGAAAAACCUCUCGGCCCCGCAGAAUGAAUCCUGUUGCCUCAGUUCUCCCGACCGGCGGUGGUGCCUCUGUGACAGACAAAGUUCUCCAGAGCAUCACAGCCAAACCUGCAACAUCUGACUCCAUCUCUGUGGCUGGUGAAAAUCCGGAGAGUCAGCAUGCCAACCUCCAGGGUAGCGGUGGCCCUGGCAGUCCAAACACAAAACUUGGACGUGUUGGGCCCUGGACAAGGAGCCACGGAGAGAGGGACCAACCCUCGGAAGGAGCCACCUCGGCCAGCGGGAACCCGGCUCAGACAGAAAGUAGCAGAAGGAGGAAGCAGCCCAGCCGAGACCUAGCUACAAGAUGUCCAGGUGAGCUUCAGCUUCCGGAAGCUACAGAAGAGCCUUCUGUGUCUCAGCCAUCAUAUUCUCUGAGAUCUCACCGCUCUGAACCUUCCGUGCAGAGCCAGAAAUUCUCAGGAUCUGACACCAUGUCACACCAGGUGUCUACUCGGGCUUCUAAGACCCGCAGCCAAGCUGUUCUGCCUGUCUCUGGUGGUCCCAAGAGUGCACCUGAGUUCAGCUUUGACGAAGGGCACGCCACUGCUGCUGGCCAGAAUCUCCGUCAGCAGGCCACUCUGCAGGUUCCUGAUCUUGGUCUUGGUCACGGUGACUCUGAGGUCAGCCCUGGUUCCAAAGGCGGCGUGAUUGUUGAAGGCAGGGUACUCCGCUCACGUACCACUGCAUCUGGUCAACAUAGCAGUGCCUUGGAGGUCAGCCCUGGCGUCCGCCGCCCAGACCAGCGUUUACGCCCUCAAGCCACUCUACAGGAUCCUGUUGUUGGCAGCACUACUGUGGGCCGUCGUUCUGAUACUACAGGCAACCCCACAACACCACGCAAAGGCCCCCGUGUGUCCGGGCCUAGCUCUGACCGCCCAAGCCAUGGAGAAACCGUGGAGCCUGCCCCUGGCCCUAGCAGCCAGACCCAAGGAAGCCUGUCCACCUCGGCGACUGAAUUUCCGAAGAGCACCGAAACGGAAACCGGCGGCUCUCCUCCAAGGCGCCCAGUCCGUAUGCGGGCCUCUUCCCCUUCACCGGGUAGGCGCUAUCUUUUGAUUAGGCCGUUUACUGGGGCCCUCUCCUCUUUCUCCUCAUUUCCUGACACUUUGGAUAUUCCAAGUUCUGGCUCUUCCUCAAGCAGUUCGCCUGACCAAAGUCCCUGCCCCUCUCCUUGA